UUGUUUUUGUUUACCAGUUCGCGCCGCACCGCAUCUCGCGAGUCAAAAUCCAGCGUGGUUCUUCGUUUGUUCGGUCGCGCGCACGUCGUUGCUCGGAUUGUGUUGUGUCCCAUUCCGCACCGCGAAUAAUCUCCCCCUGGUGUGUAUUUAUAUUCGUAUCCUUGCGUUGUUCAGGAUAGGUAUAUCCUCGCCGUGCAUCUGUGGCGGCUGGCGCUGCACAAGGACUGCAUACAUAUAAACACACGUACAACAUUGUCGUCGUCGUCGUCCUUUUCGGCGGCAUAUUCACAACAGAGACCGUGUGCUGCUGCUGCUGCUGCUGCUAGUUGCUGUUGCAGGGACAAAAAGUGUGGCUUCUGUGUGUAUUGGUUCUCGCGCGCGCCGGUUCCGAUCCAGGAUCCCGUGUUCCUACCGCUCUUCUAGUGCGAGAUUUUUUUUUCCGCUCUAUUGUAGUAUUCGCAUUCGCGCCAGCCAGCCAGCCAGCAAAGGGGGAACAAUCCGUGGCUGGUCGCGCUCGUCGAUUCAAUCGUUCUGAAGUUCAAGUGGAAGCAAGACGCGAUUUUCCGCGAGUCCGCCGAGUGCGUGCGCUAUAGAACAUCCAAAGACGGGGCAGUGCUUUUUUUGUUCGGUGGAUUUUGGAAUUGACGAUUCAACGAUUCAAUCGGAAGCUGUUGGAAGAUUCUUAAUAACUUAUAGCUUCCAAAGUGGGUUGCUACUGGUGAUAAGUGCGUGGUAAGAUCUAAGAGUGAUUCCAUCGGAAAGUGCAUCAGAAAGUGUUCCGAUAGAAUUGCAACCGGAAGAAAGGAUUCAAAUAAGAAACACAAUUGCCCGAAUCGAAUGGAUUAAAACGUGCAGAGGCCACUCGCUGAAAGCUGUGUAUGUGUGUGUAGAGAAGAAAACGGACAAGAAACGGCCCGAAUAUCUAGGCAAGGGUGGCCGCCGAAUUACGCAAGGACGAAGACGACCAUAAGGAGGGGAAAGUAAACAAGAAACGCAACCGAAUUGCACCGAAUCGUACGUACCGUACAUCUUCUUGUGAGGCAAUUUGAAGCGAAGGCGAACCACCAAAAUGGUACAGGCACUUGACGAAUACGAUUUCCAGCCGGAUCUUCCACAGGCCUUGCGACUGCUGGACGAGAUGAACACCAACUUCAAACAGGUGUCCGACCUCGUUGGCAAUAUGCUGCAACGCGUCAAAACCGGAGAACUAUCCACAGAGUACGGACUCAACUUCUUGGAAAUCAAAUAUCACAUGCUGCUCAACUAUCUAAUCAAUCUGACAUAUGUCGUGCUGAGAAAGUGUUCCGGUCACAAAAUCGAAAACGAUCCCUCGAUAGAUCGCCUGAUCGAAAUCCGCACGGUACUAGAAAAGAUCCGCCCGAUCGAUUACAAACUGCGCUACCAGAUAGACAAACUGGUCAAAACGGCCGUAACCGGUGCGAGCGUGGCCGACGAUCCGACUUCCUUCAAAGCCAACCCGGCGAAUCUGAUGUCGCAACUGCCGGAAACGGCCGGCGCAGACGGCGACAGUGGUUCCGGUGACGAGUCGGAUGACUCGACCAAGGUGCUGGAAAAACUGCGAAAAGCAAAGGCCGCCAAAGCGGGAGGACCGGGCAAACCGGAAUCCAGCAGUACCGGGGACGUGUACGUACCUCCCAAACAUAUGGCCGUGCCCUACGAAGAGGAAUCCAAAUCCGAUCGAGCCCGAAAACAGAUGGACCGGGCACGGAAACGAGCGCUGGGGUCGUCAUUGAUUCAGGAACUGAAGGAAGAGUAUCUGGACACGCCGGUGGAGAUUUCCUCCAGUUCGAGAGCGCUACAGAAGCUGUCCCGCAAGGAACGUGAACGAGAGGAGUACGAGGAGAAAUAUCUGACGCGAUUGCCGAUCACCAAGGCGGACAAGCACCGGAGUCGGAAGUUGACUACUUUGGGUACCCUAGGCGAUGAGCUAACGAGCUUUGGCGACAUCAGUGCUUUGGACGACGAGCUUCCAUCGUCGUCGGGUGGCUCGAAAGCCGGCAAAAAGCGCAAAGCCGGCAAGGGUGGCAAAAAGCACGGUAAGAAACGGCGUUUCCGUUAAGAGAGUGGAGCACCUCGUUCAUCAGCUCGACAUUAAUUCAACGGUAUGUUCGUUUAAAAUUAUUAUGUUUCUACAUUUGUUUGGUUAAGAUUUCGUAAUUGGCUUACUAAUUCAAUAUUUUAAAUUUAUCAAUUUAUUACUACCUAUAAAGUGUUUAGUUGUAUUGAUUUUUUCCUGAGUUUUACUAUUCAAUUGUUGAUUUUCGUUUCAAUUUGAUUUGGUUACUACUAGGAGACUAUCGCAAUUAUAUCUAGAUUUAGUAAUAUUGAGUACAUGAUUCUUACGGAUCAUGUACGGAGGUAAUACAAAAUAGCACGAUGAGAACAUAAAACUACUAAGAAAAACUUACAACAAGUUACUGUUGCAGAAAUAAGAAUUAUUGAUUUUUAAAUGAAGAUACACUCACCAAGAGCCUUUAUAAUAUAUUUAUACGAGAAUAUUUUCAAGUUUCUUCCAAUUGAUAAAUGAAUAACGCUCUGGGCGUGAGUUUGAAGGGGAGGGAUCAUUCCCGGCGAUCGGAGUACCACUUCCACCUGAUCACAAAUAUAUACAAAACGAUAGUUAUAUGUACCGAUAAGGUAUGGCAAAACUAGCGAUUAAGUGCAACCAUAGUUACAAAUAUAUGAGCAAGCAUAAACUGAGAAAUAGCCGACGACGACUUUUGGUGAACCACGGCGAACGUUCACCGAACCAGAAACACAAUUGUUGCCUUUUACAUAGUGAAUUAUAACAAAAGUAUUCUUUUUCUAUAGACAAACAUACCGAUACAGAUACAGCUCAGUUGACCAGUUUUGUGUUGAAAUAAUCAAAUGCAAGUAUAAACAGAUAACCUCAAAAGAACAAACUUGGAAUGUGGUGUUCCAACUACCGGAAUCGCUGGGAAUGAUCUGCUUUGUAUCCGUUCGUCAAACUCAGCAUAAAAAAUCGCCCAGCUGCAGAGAAAGUAAAACAAACAAAACAAAUUAAAGAAACGGCAUUAUUUUGUACAACCAUUACACAAUAGUUGUAUUGAAGCAUUAAAAUAAAAAGAAAAACGAUUUAUAAUCAUAAUCAGAUACAUUUUUAUGACAGAGCAAACACAACAAAUCGGAUUAAACACAUGAAUAAUAUUCCACCACACACACAAAAGAGCAUAAAAGAGUUACUACAGAUGAAAUAAUAAUAGAAAUAACCAGAAAUAACAGAUACAACGUCCAACAGUGCAGUAAAGGGGAAUCAAAAUACGUACACGAAUACAGAGAAUUGAUAACGAUGGAAAUAGGACCGAAUGGUGGAUCCGCGAAUGCGGCUCCCUUAGACAUAGAUUAGUAACUAUGAAAAUUGAUUUUGGUUUCUGUUGUAAAUUCAGUUUGUUUCAAACGUAUCUUGUUUAGUUUGCAAUUCGAUUAAGUUUUUGUUUCCAAUAAAUAUUUCGAUUUAAGUUUAGGUUAAAACCAUAUUUUUCGCUUCAGUUGUUUGAUAAUAUCAUUACCUUUUUUGUUUGUCGAUACUUUAAAUCGUUUUGCUUUUUUUUGCUCAUUAUUCAUCGACGAUGGUGGUGAUAGUGCUGUCUGACGAUCGAAGUAAACAUGCGCCAGUCAAUCAAACUUUUGUUGAUUUUGCCAUGCAGCUUUGCGUGUCAUUUUGUAAAAUGAUUCAAUUCUGAUGCAAACGAUUGUGAUGUUUCCACCGAUUGGCGUUUUGCCGAACUGAAAGGUUUUAAUUUCUCAACCUUAGCUUAGCAUCAGUAUAAUUAUGUAUAUGAUUGAUACUCAUUGCUAUCUAAACCUCCCAAUAAUCUUGUGCCAACUAUUUCAGCCACAUAAGUAACUCCUGCAUGAAAUACGUAUUGCUUAGAUAAAAUUAACAAUUCUGAACAUAUGACGAGAGCUUCGUCUUCACCGCUAGGUGAAAUUGAUCAUUUUUUGCGCACCACAAUUACCCUCACUUCGUUCGUGAUGUCUACCCAGGUAUUUGUCCGUGAAUAAUUUAAUUUUGAUUUAUGGUGCAAAUAAAUGCCCAGUCGGUCGCGCUUGGUCUACCAGGCCUCCGUUACACCUGCAAGUUCAGUUACAAUGUAUUAUUGUAACCAUAUCCAUAUUAAUGCAUCAGCAGUUUUAUUUUCGCUCAGGCGUAGCAGGAGGGUCAUCAUUGUGUGGGGGGAGGCCACCGGUCGGUCAACCAGUAGCGCGCUAAUAUAUUCAUGAUAGUGGUUAUCGGAUCAUCAUCUUCAGCCGUAAACAAUUCCAUUGUUCCGAUGUGUGGCAGGAAAGCGAUUCAUUUUUGCAACGUAAUGAGCUUGACCCGCGCGCUCGCUCUGGGUGUUGUAUCACGAUUAUCGGUUUUGUAUAACAUUUAAUGCUGUGCAUUGUUGGUUAUGAUGCAUUGAAACUUUCGAUUAGAUCUUCUAGUUAGGAUAAUUUAGUGCCUACUGUUCUAGAAUGGGAGUAAGGACGCAAGUGUAACAUUGAGGUCCUCCUUGAGCAUGGUCCAUCACUUCGAUAUCAUGAUAUCUGCCAGGCUAGAAUCAAGUGCCUUAAUAGCAGUCUGGCUAUCUGAACAGCGUGCUGCUGAAGUGCUUAUUACACUCCGUAACAUUGUCUACCAAGUGAGUAAGACUGAUGUAGCCUUAGCUCACGAAAGUGGACACCAUCACCUGCUCGAUCUUCGAGAAGGGAGCCAUCAGUGUAACAUACGAUGCCAUCUGAAAUACUUCUCUCCAGAUAACCAGAUGUCCACUCUUCCCGGGAAGGGAAUUUCGUGGAAAAUGUCCUAUAUGGAAAAUUACAAGCAAUUGUAAGAUCACUUGGAGCAAUGACAACUUUGUCCCUAUUCACCAAAAGUGGAAACAACGAGGUGUGUGUUGAUUUGCAAUUCACAGGAGUUUCCUCUAGUAAAUCGAGUACCGAUAGGUGGUAAGUGCAGAAAAAUGCUUCUUGUUUAAGAUGAAUGCGUAGUGGGGCAACAUCAGAGAACUUCGAGCGCUGCCGUGGGAGUUGAAUAGACCGCUCCAGACAUCGCCUGUGCUUGAUACACUGUGGAGAUGGCCCAAUUUUGAUUGGAUCGCUCUCACUUCGUUCUUUUUCCACCACACAAGACAUCCAUAGGUCAAUAUUGGCCGAACAACAGUUGUGUAAAUCCAUUUAAUAUAAUUGGGUGUUAGACCCCAAGUUGUACCAAAGUGGCAUUACCCGAAGGCCAUGCUUUCUUGAUUCUGAACUCAACAUGAGGUGUCCGGGAAAGCUUGGAGUCAAGAAUAACUCCAACGCACUUUACCUGAUCAGUCACAUUGAUUUCAGAAUCAAAGAAACGUAUAGGUCGAACGCUAUUACGGUUUCGCCCUUCCGUAAAAAGAACAAUAGAUGUUUUACUCGUAUUGGCGACAUUAACCCUCAAUUUGUUGAAGGGCGCUUUGCAUCAGGCCGAAAAGGGUGCUGAUGCACAUACCAACUAACAAUGUUAAGUAGUCGUCGGCAAAACCAUAAGUAGGAAAACCGCUAUUAUUGAGUUGCCUCAAUAGCGUAUCUGUUACGAUAUUCCACAAAAGCAGUGACAAGACUCCCCCUUUAGGGGGCAUCCACAAACACUCAAUUUCCUACUCCCUGCUAGACGCAAUGCCGAGAAGAGAUAUCGGGUUUUGAGCAUUUGGUGAAUCCAAUUGGAAAUCAUUGGAGAUAUACCAUGACUCCAUGCGGCUUCCAAUACGGCAUCGAAAGUCACGAUGUCAAAGGCACCCUCGAUAUCUAAGAAAACACCCAGACAAGACUGCUUUUGAGCGAAUGCUUUCUCGGUAUCGUAAACAACCUUGUGUAAAAGAGUCGCAGUGGACUUUCCAGAUUGGUAAGCUUGUUGGUUCACAUGAAGAGGCACAUUGGCCAGAUGAACAUCACGGAUGUGAUGAUCGACAAUGCGUUCUAAGUAUUUCAGAAGAAAAGUGGGCAAACUGAUAGGUCUGAAACUCUUUGCUUCUUCAUACGACGCACGACCCACUUUCGGAAUAAACUUUACAGUAGUAUCCCGCCAGGAUUUGGGAAUAUACCCUGUAGCAAAACUUGAAACAAGUAGUUUUUUCAAAACGUGUUUGAAAUCAUUAAAUCUCUUCUGAAGCAAAAUAGGAUAAAUCCCAUCUGCCCCAGGAGAUUUUAAAGGUGCAAAGCUAUUUAGUGCCCACUUAAUCGAUUCUAAAGUUAUGAUACUCCGAGCCGAAGCCAGAGAGUCAUAACUACAAGAAAAGGCAUCAGGUUCCUCCGAAGAAGAUGUAAUAUCCACACAUCCAGGGAAGUUGAAUAAACAUUCCAAAACUUCCUCAUCAGAGGAAGUAAAAUUACCAUUUGGCAAACGAAGUUCGUUUGUUUAAAAAUCCUUCGAUUUUGCAAGGAUUUUGUUCAACCGAAUGACUUCACUCAAACAGGAAACAUUUGUACAAAGGUUUUUCUAGCUGGUUUUUCGUUCAGCAGACCGAAGAGCUUUCUGGUAGGCCUUGCUAGCCGACCUGAUAGCCUCCGAUCCAGUCGAACGUCUGUUCCAACUCUUUCUACAUUGUUUCCUACCUGAGUUAGGUCACAUCAGAGUUCCACCAAGGGGUUCAACUUGUGGUCUUCACAAACCGCAGAGGGCAAGCUUCUACGAAAGCAUCUAUGUUGAAGACCGUUGUUGUAUCAACGGCAUCAUUCAAAUCACUUGGAGUGUCAACGUAUGGUGAGUAUCCAUCAUGAAAUUUGGCCGUUAUCAAAUCAGUAAAAAGAAUCCAUUUGGUUGACCGAAGAUUCCUGAAAUGUAAAGUUUGCGAAAUUACAUUCAAGCGCUUAACACUUAUGUGGCCGGCAGGGUACCCGGGUACCUUUUUCAAUUUCAAAUCUCGAUAUUUUAAUGGUUGUUGAGACUAGGGUGUUGGAACUCUGUUAGAUCUUAGAACUCGUGAAUAUACAUCUAUUAAUGGGGUUGACCGAAUUUUAAAGUGAGGAGGGGUAGGGGGAGGGGCUCCUGCAUUUUUUUAUUACGUGGAAGGCCGGCAGGGUACCCGGGUACCCACGAAAUUGAAAUGAUCAUAUCUCCGUCAAUUUUUCAUAGAUUUUGGAAGUUUUUAGCUCAUUCAACUCAGAAACUCAUCAUCUAUCGGGAAAAUAUUUGGUUAGACCGAUCUAAUCACCGUGGUUUUCGGAAAAUCCAUAUUUUUGGGAGCAUGUCCUUAUUCCAUAUUGAAACCCACUUUGUUAAGGCUAGGAUAUCUUAAAGUGUUUAUGGUCAACCAUGGCCCCACGAGAAGCGUGUUCCGAAAUCACAUUUUCAAAGUCAACACGUUUUAUGAUUCCAGGCCAGUCAGAUACAAUAUGCCAAAGCAAUUUUACGAUGCUUGGUACCGAAAUUGCUACUAACCUACCGAAAAUCCCGUAUAUUGUAUUCGAUCAAAAAAACGAUCAAAUCUGACUAUACAUGUCAAUGGUUGCUACUCCGUGAUUGAUCUGAGCUGGUACCAAUUGCACUGAGAUCCAAAUGAAUAAGGGCUGGGACACUCCACUUAUUCUCAAAGUGCAAUUCUAGCAGCUCAUACAUUUUGGAUCAAUAACGGCGCCGGCCACGUCCUUAUAGUCAGUUGGGAAGGGAAAGGAAUGUUAGAGUGUGCUGGUUGUUGCUACUAAAGACCGAGAUCACCUCUGCAUCCCCACAACCAGCACGGACUGGGGUAUUUUGUUAAACGGAAAGGAUGGGAGAUCUGGGAGUCACCGUUGGGUCGGUGAUGCGAUCCAUGGAUAGGGAGUUAUUUAUAGUGUUCGUAAGGUGAUAGAUUGUGUGGUGAAUGAGAUGAAUAAGGUCAAGCGGCACAGCACGCUUUGGUUGCAUAACUUGUAGGCGUUAUAUACACUGUGCUGUGAGUGGAAAUUGGAAGGGAGGGAAACGACUUAUUUCCAAUUCGUUUCUGGUUCUAGCGAUGGCUAUGAACAUAUGUAUAUACAUGAGUUGUAUAUGUUGAGAAGAGAGAGAGUGUGAGGAAGAGGAUAGAAAGAUACAAAGUAGGAUGAAAAGGACGGGCCAGGGAUUGAACCCAUGACCUUCUGCAUACGAAUCAGAAGCGGUAGCCACUAGACCGAAAAUCCCGUAUAUUGUAUUGUAUAAAAACAUGGAUCCGUAAAUCCGGAUUUUCCGGUACCCAUGGUGAUCGGACCGGUCCAACCAAAUACGAUCUCGAUAGAUAAUGAGUUUCUGAGUUGAAUGAGGCAAAAACUUUUAAAAUCGGUGGAAAAAUCGCUGAGAUAUGAUCAUUUCCAUUUCGUGGGUACCCGGGUACCCUGCCGGCCUUCUACGGGUGUUUUUUUGCUGGCCACACUACGGUUAAAAAUGAUGUAGCGAUGGGCAGAUAAAGAUGCUUCAUCAGACACAUGCCAAUAAGUCACCUCAUGACUAAUUCUGCUAACGCAAAGCGUUAUGUCCAACGCUUCCUCUCUAGCAAAUACCAUGAAGGUUGGGCGGUUGCCUAUGUUUAAUUAGUCCAAGAUCUGUACUACUUAAGUAUUCCAACAAACUGGAGCCUCUCAAGUUAAUGUCUGAGCUGCUCCAAAUGAUAUGGUGAGCAUUAGCAUCAACACCAACAAUUAGCGGAAGGCUCUUUGAAGUGCAGUAUGCGAUGAAUUGUUUGAAAGCAUCCGUAAGGGGAUGGUUCAUCAUGCGGUAAGUAAACCGAACAACAUACGUAUUUCCUGUUGAGAUUUCCAACAGAAACAUCAAUUGUGGUAGAACAUACAUCUCUGAUGGUUAGGUCAGGGAUGAAUGUAGCAACUAUUGCGUUAUUGACAAGAACACAGGCUCGAGGCAUAACACGUGAGUUCGCCAUUUAAUUUUUACUAAAAGUAGCAAAUACCGGGCUCACGAGGUUUCCAAGAUAGAAAUUUCCCUUACGAAAGUAAGGUUCUUGGACUAAAGCCAAUGUGGCUGUAUCAUAAUGCGAAAUCAUAUGGAUGAAACUAUAAUCAAUGACAUCGUCAAAAUUGCACCCUUAUUCAGCCUCAAGUUUGAGACUAAAGAAUGGCUGCUGAUUAUUAUUGAUGGUCAACUUCAUCCGAAACCGAAAAUCCUAGUUCCUUGUGUAAGUGUAGCUGGUUUGGCGGGACUGGAGUAGCAACUAAAUACGGGCGGUCAAUCAAUUUUCAUUAAAAUUUUUAAAUUUUCCCAUCCUUCUUACGAAAUUCAACAAAAAAAAAUUCCCUGCGGAUGUUGUUGUUUUUCGGAUAACCAACCGAAGUUGUAUGUUAGACAUAUGUUGAGCCGGAAGUUCAUAGGUACAAAUGUGAAAAUAGACAAAAUGAAACGGAAAAACGACGAAUAAGAAAUCCACGCAGUUCUUGUGGGAUUUGAACCCACGUCUCCCCAAUUCGCUAGACAAAGCGUGUUCAUCAAUAAACAUGAAUUGCACGUAAUAUAAUUUUUUUUCCGGCAGAAUAGGAUAAUCCUGUUGCUUGGACCUUUGUGAUACGUAUAUGGUCUUGAAGCAGACGAUUGUCAAGUGGAUCCCAAUUUCUCAAACUGAGGCACUGCUGGAUGCAUCAGUAUUGAGCCGUACAAUUACAGCCUCGUUUAGUGGUCCAAGACAGCGACGGCAGCUUGGUUCCAAUACUGCGGGAGGCACCAUAAAAACUUUCUUAGAAAAAUCCAAAGGUUCCUCUAGAAAUUACUGUGUAGGAAUUCCCUUAGAGAGUCUUUCACAGACUCCUUCAUCUUUUUUUUAAUUUAUUUUUAUUCGUGAAUUUUAACUAAAGCUAAUUCUUAUCACACAGACUCCUUCAGGAUUCCAUACAAAGAUUCGUUCAGAAAUUCUUUCAUGGAUUACUUCAAAAAUUCCUUAUAAUAAUCCUCCAUAAAUUAGUCCAAGGAUAGCAAGUUCAAGGAAAUCUUCUAUGGAUUUCUUCCAAGGUUAAUCCAUAGAUUCCUACUCCUGGAAUUCGAUCUUAAAAUCUACUAGAAAUUACUUAAGAACUUUUCGUAUUGAUUAGUUUAAAAUUCACCGGACAUUUCCCUAGGGGUUCCCCUAGAAUUCUCUACAGGAAUUCCUUCAGAAUUUCUUAAUAAUAAAUCUCAUAAAUUCUUCUAGUGGUUUCUUUAGAAUUUUUCCAGAGAUUGCUUCAAAAAUUCUUUCAGAUAUUUCUUCAAGGAGUUCGCCAGAGAUUUGUUCAUGAAUUGCUCUAUCAGGUAUCAGGUAGCAGGAUUUCCGGCAAAUAUUACUCCACGUAUUUCCCAAGAAAUUUAUCCGGCAUUUCCACCUAGUAUAACUCUAACUAUUUAACCACGGAUUUUUAAAGAAAUUUAUUAAAAAUAUUGCCCAAAAAUUUCAACGGAAAUUUCUUAAUUAAUAUCUCAUGAGUUUGUUCUAGAGGUCUUUGCAGACGCUUAUCUUUGCAUUUCUCCAGUAUGUUUUUCAGAAAUUCGUCCACAUAUUUCUCCAGGAAGUUCUCCAGAAAAUUAUUCAUUAUUUUUUUUUAUAGGUUUUUCCUGUAAGUUCUAAAGAAAUUACUCCUGCGUUCCUUCAAAAAUAUCCCUGGUAUUGUUCAGAUAUUCCUAGAGAGAUUCAUUUAAACGUACUUUCUAAGAUUUCUACAACGAUGCUACUGAAGAUUUCUUCAGAAAUUCCUGCUGGGGCUCCUUUUGAAAGGAGAUAAUUUUACCUCCAGAGUUUUCAUCAAAAUGUUAGGGAUUUUUUCAGGAAUUUCAGCAAGGGACUUCUUCAUUGUUGCAUGAUCUUCCAGGGGAUUUUUCAGAAAUUCUUUUAAAAACUUCUACAGGGAUUUUUGGAAAAUCUCCCCAAGGUUUCUCCACGAAUCCUUUGAGAAAUUCCUUCAGUGCAGAAAUUCUCACAUGGAUUGUUUUUAGAAAUAGUUAUUACGAUUUCCUAGGAUGUUUUAAGAGAUCCCUACAGAAUUUGUUCACAUAUUCCUCCAGGGAUUUUUUUUUUCAAAAAUUCUUCCAGAAAUUGCACAAAGAUUAUUGAUGAAUUCAAUUAGAGUUCCAUGAAUGACUUUCUAAGAAUCCCUGGGGGAGCAAUUCCUGGAUGAAUGCCUAGGAUAAAAAGCAGAAAACACCGGUAUCUCUUAUCAUUAAUUCCCAGAAAAAAAAAACAUGAGGUACUUCUGAACUAACUCUGCAAGUAAUUCUAAGAGAAUAAAAUUCUGGGCGGGAUUGCUAGACAAAUCCGAAACGGAGUUUCUUACGGAAUUUCUUAGAAAAUUUCUGCGCAAAUCACAGGCAAAGGAUCUGGUGAAAAUUUUGAAAAAAAAACCUUAAAUUUCUGAGGAAUCCCUGGUGGAUUAUCUGAGGGAAUCCCUGGAAGAACUCCUAGACAUCAGAAGAAAUCCUUGAAAAAAUGUCAAACAAUUGGGUUUUUAAAUUAUGAGAAAUAUAUUGAUUAUUUGAUUUUAUAUGAAAGGAUACCUUUUUCUGAGCCACUAUGAUUUUUUUCAGAUUUUUAGAACCUUAUUUUGGCACCUAAAAUCAAUUUCAAAGAGAUUUUUUGAAAUCACCUUUUGACAGCUGGGCAACUGUUUGACAGCUCCACCCAGUACAAACGGCGACGAGGGGUGGUUCGACAAAUUUCUCCCAUACAAACUUCAAAUUGAUUUUUAAAUAGGUUCCCGGGCUCCAAAACUCAUGAAAAUUUGGAUUUCAGCUCAGUUUGACAUGCAGAUUCAGAAUAUCGAAUUAUCUCAACAUCGUUAAAGAAGCCAAUUUUGUGAAGGAAUUUGUAAACAAAAAUGACUAAAUUACUACCGAGGAAUUUUCUGAAAGAAAUCCUGCAGAAACAAAAAAAAAAAAAAACUGGAAGAAUUUGGUUUGCGCUCGCAAACACGCUAAAUCCACUACAAAAAAGUGAUUGAGUUUUUGAAGGAAUAAUAUCCGGAAGAACUGGGGAACCAUUUGCAGGUAUUGAUAAAAAAUAUCCUGAAAAACGUAAAGGAAUAGAUUCUGGAGUAAUUUCUGCGAGAAUUUUUGAGAGAAUCUUUGAAAAAAAUUCUGCCAGAAUCUCUGAAAUAAGGUCUGAAUAGAUUUAAAGCAAAGCCUGGAGAAAUAUCUAAAUAUAACUAUUUAUUAUAGAAACCCCUGGAGAAACUCUCAAGAGAAUUCUUGGAAAUUUUCUAGAGGGAUUUCCGAAUGAAUGAAAAAAUCCCAGAAGAAAUGAAGAAACACCUGGAGAAAUUCAAACAUUAAUUUCUGAAAUAGUUCCUGGAAACAUUUCUUAAUUUCUAAAGGGAAAUUCUAGAGGAGUGGGUGCUUCCUAGCUCACUUAUGACACAUUGGCAGUGAAGUAAUUGUUUGUCGGAAUCCAGGAAGGACCAGGAGGAAUCCCUGUAGGGAUUUUCUAGAAUACGCUCUGUGAAAUUUCGAUGCAAUUCUGACAAAACCCAUGAUGAAAUUUGCAGAAGAAAUUCGUUGAAUUACUUAUGAAGUAAUUUCCGACGCGAUAUCUGAAUAAGUUCGUUUGUAGUUAUUUCGCAGAACUUGAAAACAAAAAAGUUUAAACGAAUUUCAGGAAAAAUCCGGCAAACGUGUCAUAUGAUGUUGUGUUAGGGUUCAUUGUGCUUUAAACAGUUUAUCGAGCAUUUCAUGAAUGAAUUCAUAGAGAAGGGUUGAAGAAAUAAGUGGAAAAUGCCUGAAUUUGUGAGGAAACUUUGUAAUGAAAUUUACCAAAAAAAAAAGAAAGUGGUACAGUUCACUGAAUAAAUUAACAGAGUCAGGGUGUCCUCUAGCAAAAACCACUAGGUGUUGAUAUUAAAACCACUAGAAAUCAUCGAGUUAAUCGCGAAGCUGUUGAAUUAAAACCAAAUUAAAAGAUUAUAAUCAUUCAUCACCGAUCGCGCCGCCACGCCGUUCAACAAUCGAUUAUUGCCGCCAACUGAGUGCCAUAUUGGAUAGGCGUCGAGAUUGAGUGGAUUACAUGCUUAACCUGACACCCGUCACACACUGGGCGCGGACGAUGGCAAUAACUAUCACACCACACCAUAAUGAGCUUUAUUAUCUUUACACCCUUUUCUGUUCACAUCCGGUUUUCAUCGACCCCCACCUCACCCGAAGGGGAUCCCAACGUAUGGCCUUCCCCUCAGGGCUACCCAACUAUAUCCAACCAUCAUAGGAGAUUAUGUUCCACUGAUUAACUUUAAUCACGAAUCACGAUCGAAUUAUUUAAAGUAAAAACGAUUACAAUCAUUGGCGGGAUUUUCAUUUGAAUUGCUUAAUUAGGCGACACGUGCUACAAACUGCUCUUCCCGAGUGGUUCGAUUUAUGUAUUUCCCUGCGGUGAGUAUUAGUAGAGAUAAGUUGUGAACAAAAUUUGCAUUCCGGCGGGGCAGUAUUAAUUGGUCAGAAUAAUAAAAUUGAUUUAUGGAUGCUCAUAGGUUUAGUUGUAAGUAUAUGUUGGAUUUAGUGUAA